AGGGGACGGCGCGGCCAAUCAGCGGCUCCCACGACCCACCCCAGGGAACCUGGCUUAGAAUGUUGAGAGUUUCGGAGUUCGGAACUGAACUAUUUGGUGGGUCGGGUGGUGCACGUGGGGGCAGAGUGGCACAGCCAUGGUGUCUCCCCGGGCUUGUAUUCACAAGCUGGGCUCUGCGCUGCCCUUGCUGUUGGUGCUGUGGGAUCUCCACUAUGAGGGAGCAGAAUGUGGGAUAAAUGCCGAAGUAGAAAAACAGCUUGAAAUGGGAAAGAAGCUCUUGGCAGCCGGGCAACUGGCAGACGCUUUGUCUCACUUCCAUGCUGCCAUAGAAGGGGACUCUGAUAACUACUUUGCCUAUUACAGAAGAGCCACAGUAUAUUUAGCCAUGGGCAAAUCUAAAGCUGCCAUUCGUGACUUAAGCAAGGUGGUUGAAUUAAAGCAGGAUUUCACAUCGGCAAGGCUGCAAAGAGGACAUCUGCUGCUUAAACAGGGAAAGUUUGAUGAGGCAGAAGAAGACUUUAAAAGAGUGCUCCAAUCUAAUCCUAGCGAUAAGGAUGAAACAGAAGCUCGCUCCCAGCUGAUGAAGUCUGAUGAGAUGCAGCACCUAUAUUCUCAAACUCAGGCUGCGUAUCUUGUGGGGGAUUAUUAUACUGUUAUUGGUCUCUUGGAUGAAAUUCUGGAUGUUUGUGUUUGGGCUGCAGAGCUGCGGGAGCUUCGAGCUGAAUGCUACAUCAAGGAAGGAGAGCCUGGGAAGGCCCUUGGUGAUUUAAAAGCUGCUGCCAAAUUGAAGAGUGAUAAUACUGAAGCAUUCUAUAAGAUCAGCAAUAUAUAUUAUCAGCUCGGGGACCAUGAAUUGUCUUUGAGUGAAGUACGUGAGUGCUUGAAACUUGACCAAGACCAUAAGGAGUGCUUUUCUCACUACAAGCAAGUAAAGAAACUCAAUAAGCAGAUUGUGUCGGCAGAAGAGCUCAUCCAAGAAGGCAGAUACCAAGAUGCCAUUGAUAAAUAUGAGACCGUGAUGAAAACGGAGACCAAAGUUCCUGUUUAUACCACUCGAGCCAAAGAGAGAAUCUGCCACUGCCUCUCAAAGAACCAACAGUCAUCAGAAGCCAUCAGGGUUUGCACUGAAGUUUUGCAGCUGGAACCAGAUAAUGUGAACGCUCUCAAAGACAGAGCUGAAGUGUAUUUACUAGAAGAGCAAUACGAGGAAGCUAUUCGGGAUUAUGAAGCUGCUAAGGAACACAGUGACAAUGAUCAGCAGAUUUUAGAAGACCUAGAGAAAGCCCAAUUGAUGCUCAAGCAAUCUCAGAAAAAAGAUUACUACAAAAUUUUAGGAGUAAAAAGGAAUGCCAGAAAGCAAGAAAUUGUAAAAGCAUAUAGAAAGCUAGCAAUGCAGUGGCACCCAGAUAAUUUCCAGGAUGAAGAAGAGAAGAAGAAAGCAGAGAAAAAGUUUAUUGAUAUUGCAGCUGCCAAAGAAGUUCUCACUAAUCCAGAGAUGCGGAGGAAGUUUGAUGCAGGAGAAGAUCCACUGGAUGCAGAAAACCAGCAAGGUGGAGGAAAUCCAUUUCACAGAGGCUGGAAUUCAUGGCAAGGAUUUGACCCAUUCAGUUCUGGAGGACCAUUUAAAUUUAAAUUCCAUUUCAAUUAGAAACUCCCACCCCACUUCCCUCAUUUUUGUUUUUAAGAGCUUGUCUUUAUUUUUAUUUCUAGGUAAUUUCAAAUAGUGGUUUGGUCCUUGAACUUUAAUGAAAGUCAGCUUUUCACAAGAGUAAACAAGUCCAAAAUGGAGAAUGACACAACAGCAGUUCUGUUAGUACUGAUUAUGGGUGUCAGACUUCUAAUCUCUAAAAAGGUGGAAGACUAUUUGGAGCUGUAGUAGUCUUUUGAACCUCUCCUUCCAAAGUGAGUUAUGACCUUCAGCUCAAGACAAACCCAUGCUAGAGAAGCAAUUGAUUCAAGAAAGCACUUUAAAUUUUUUUACUAAACUCUUAGUGACUUUUGUGGGACUUGAUCAUGUAUUAUCUUCCUCCCUACAGACAUAAGAAAGCACAACAUAGUUUUUGUUGCUGUUAAGAGGAAAUGUUUGGUUGUCUGCUGAAGUAUUAUCCUUGGGAGACAUUGGAGGAUCCUCCCUGUCACUCUUCCUAUUCUCGCCUCUAAAGUUCUCUUUAAAUGUAGCCCAGGUUAUGAUGCAUGCAUGCCCCUCUAAGGAAGCAGGAUAUGGAAUGGCCUGGGCCUUCCCUGGCCAUAGAUGUUAUAAUUUUCCCAGUGCAGCUUGUUAGGGGGGAUUUUAUGUAACAUGAGUGCUCUAAAAACGCUGUUCUAGUGCUUAAAGUAAUUCCCCACAGAAACAUCCCUAUGACUCUUAUCCAAAACAGGACUUUUUUGUCUAGCUUGCUGACAACUUUUUCUAACUUAUUUUUACAAAGACAGUUUUCUCUUUUUGGAUUAAAACCUCUGCUCUUCUUCUGGUUGCUUCAGGAAGAUACUUUAAUAGAAUGAUAUUCUUAGUUGGUGUUAAUUAAAUAGAUCCAUUUUGAGCUUUUCACUCAACAUAUGCUUGACAUUUGAGCAAAAUGAUUGAGACAUUGCCCAAAUGUACAGAAUUUACUUCAGAUCUUGAAGAUUUUUCUUAAAAGGGUGGGGGGAGGUAGAGAUACAUACUGUAAUACAUACGUUUAAGGUGAUAGUUUUCUGAUUUGUGAUGAGGAUAUUAACAGUCUUACAAUUUGAUGAAAAAGUGCCCCUUCCUCCAAAGGGCAGGUUGUAGUGCUUCUCUGCCCUGCCUAUUGAUCAGUGCAUCUAAUUAUGCAUUUGGGGUAGGUAAGUUCUUUAUGAAGGAAGCAGUGUUUUGCUCUGUUAAAACGUAGCUACUAUACAACACCUGUAUAUUAGCAGGAAAGCCUUCCAUUUUAGCUCAGCCAGCAAAACUGAUAGCCUUAUAUCAGUCUGGGACAUGUCUGAUAGCCUUAUGUUUGGGCUGUAUUCUGGUACUUAUGAAAUGCCUUCAAAAUGGAAUCCAGAGCCCUCUCAUAAUGAGAUGAUGUAUCUAUAAAAGUGUGUUUUUAAAAAUCCAGGCUCUCUCAAGCAGGCCAUUUUUGAGCAUUAAGAAAUGUCUUUAGUACAUUUCUAGCCUCGGAACAGGCUAGUCAAAUAUUUCCCUGCCUGCUCACUCCAGCUUUGAAGUCAAAAGUUCAAGAGUAACUCCAAUAAUGUUGUCAUGUAUAGUACUGGUAUUUAAUCAUCCACAACCCCCCCAACUAGACCCUGUAACGUAUGUGUGGACUGAGUUCUGCACAUAUUUCCCUUUUGCUGGAUUUGGAUCUGUAUAGAUUUGGUGCAGGUGUGCAUUCUAAGAGUUAUCGAGCCAUGUGAAUGGGCAUGUACUCCUUUUGUGGACUGCACUUAUAGCCAGAUCAGGUCCAACCUACUUUUUCUUGCACAUCCUAAACAGCAGAAAGGUAAUCCAGUGGUUGAGGUGCUCCUAUUGUUUUUGUGAGGACAUACAUUUUAAAAUCAUACCAGACCUUGCAUAGUGCUCUUCCUAGGUAAUAGUACAAGUGCCAAUCUAAUGCUUUUCGUGUGGAUAUAUCCAAAUGAAGUUUGUCAAAAGUAUGAUUCGAGACAGAUGUUUUCUGGCAAGUGACCCCUAUAAUCCAUGUAUUUUGAGCAGUAUUUAAAAUGCUUUAAAUCUUUUUCAGGCCAUCAUUUAUAAUGGAGGGGGACAGCGAGCCCCUCGCCUUCUGCCAUUGUGCAAUCUAGUGUCGACUUAAUUUGAGUGGACGUCAGUUGUUUUGGGUAUUCUUGGUUUCUCCAGAGCUAUUAUCCUAGCACAAUUAGGGACUGCAAAUUAGAUUGAACAAAAGUACCUCAAUGCAGGUUUUGUUGUCAAAGCAAUAAAGACCAGUCAGUAUAAAUUAACAUACACCAUUGCAGUGUGAACACACUUUGGAAAUAACUUGGAAUAAAGCUCUAUUUUAAAAAAAAGAAAUAGGCCAGUGCUAUGACAUCCAAUAAGUUCUUUUGAAGAUGAAGAACCUUGAAAUCAUGCUAGGCAGUGUCCUCACUGGCAGUAACAAAAAUUUGCUUAAAGCUGGGUUUAAUUUAUAUUUGUUUCAAGUUUCUGUCAUUUUUUUUAUGAAACCAAAUUAAUACUGAAGUAAAUAAUUGUACCAUAACUUUGAAGUAAAUAAUUGUACCAUAACUUAAAAAAAAAAACAGUAUAUUGAUGUUUCAGUGUGCUUGUGGAGAUUUGUUUUGUUUUGGUGAUGGAAAAUUUCACCUCUUUGGAAACUAAGAAACAAUUUAUAAGGCAAUUCAGUUCAAGAUAUUGGUGUUCUGAUACUAAGUGCCUCAACUAGGAAAAUAGGGCAUCUUUCUCUUUACAAAAUAACUACACUUACGAAUUACAGCGAAUAUGAGGAUUAACUUCCUGCUCAACAAAAAUCUGCAUUUUUGUUUCACAUACCUAUAUGAGAUAUACAACUGUAUGUUAACUCUACCCUUUUCCCCAGCAUCAACUUUCUUAGAUUGUAUGGACUUUUUAUAUAGGAUAUUCAAUCACCAGAGCACCCCACUUGAAAUCUGAAAUGGAUUACCACAUCUGUGAAAGCCAAGCUAGUCAUAACUUAGGUAGCAAAGUGUGUUGUCUUUAGGCUACAAUUCUCUACAGUCACCUUUGAGUUAUGUCUCUUGAAUUAAGUAGGCCAUGGUUGAGUAGACAGAAGACUCAACUGUUAUUCAUAUGAAACAGGAAUGUGUGUGGGAAAUCUACUUUCAGAAAAAGGGUGUGUGGAAAGUUGAACCCUGUUGCCUUCUCUGCAUUACCUCCAUAAGCUUUUCAUGGAAAAGUGUUUCAAGUGACAAUUUCACCCAAAUUUAGAUUGACAUGUGAGUUAAUAAGCAUGGCUGCACCAGUAACUUCAUAUUCCUCCCCCCCCCCCGAGAACUAGGCCAAACUUGCACUGGAUUGCACCAUAUCUUGCCUUAAUAGAAUGAAAGAUACAUAGUCUGCAUUAAUCCAGGUUCCUUUUGGUGUAGUAAACUGUUGAGACAACCACAAAGGGAGCCCGUUCGAUUUUUUCUUUCUUCUGUAGUAGUAGGUGUUGCUUUUCAAUUCCACUACUAGUGUGGACUGUGUCUAGGCAAGAAUAGCUUCUAUGGGCUAUGCCUUAAGUUUGGGUAAUGUUGAAACCUUUAAAGAUUGCUAUGAAUCACUAUGAUGGGAAAGUCACUUGAUUUUUGUUCAAAUAUACAACUAAGAACUCCUUUAUGUCCAUAUUUGUUAUGUUUAUAAAUAAUCUGCCCUUGCUUCAGUUGAGCUGUCCUAACAAUCAAGAAACGUUACAUUACUUUUUAAGCCCCUCAGUUUAAAAGACUGGAAGCUAUUCUGUUUCACUGAA